AUGGGGGAUGAGCAGCAUGCAGGGUCUUCUCCCUAUGGCUCACUCUCUCUUACUGUGCUGGGCGGUUGCUUCCUCUCCUGCUGCCCUUGGGAGUCAGACUCCAGGUUCUUCAGCCUGUGGCCCCUGGGGCUCUCGGGCCUUGGAGGACUGACUAGGAGCACACUGUGGGCCUUUCCGGUUUGGGGGCCUGGGACGUGGCGGAGCCCUGCAGCUUCUGUGCGGCCUGUUCUGGGCGUCGCGGUGAAACGCCAGCCAGUUCCCCAAGUAAGCUCCCUGCACACACGCCUGAUAGCCUGUUGGUUCCGUCCUUCUGCGGGAUUUUCACUACCACUCUCUAACUCACACACAGCAGAAAGAGCAUACGGGAGAGAUGAAGCAGUCCACUCCAAGAACAUUCUCAUUCUACGGAUUACUAGUCCCCCUGGGAUUACAAGAGUGUUGAAGAAAUGUUGUGACACAUCGGAACACCGCGAAACACAUGGACACUUUCAAAUCACGGAAGACUCUCAAGGGCAACUGCUCUGUGGAAAUGGGGGACAGUGGGCAUCCUAUUUGUGUGGACUUCUUGCACAGUUCUUGAGCUCCAUGGGCAGGGUCUGCUCUGGUCUGCUCUCUGGGCCUCAGUGA